AGCAAAAAAAACGGCAGAAGCAGAGAAGAAAAUAAAGAGAACCGAGAGAGAAAAGAAGAGAGAAAAAAAGUGGUGCAGCAGUCCGGGUUUGUGCUCCGAUCGACGACCAAACGAGCUCCNAUUUGCUUAGAGGUGGAGUAAUAUAAUAAUAAUAAUAUUUAUUAUUAUUAUUAUAAGGAAAGAAAGGGUCAAAGUAGUGGGGCUGCCACUUUGUAGAAAAGGCAAAAGCCUUUUGGCUGGUCACGGGCAGAAGCAAAAAAAACGGCAGAAGCAGAGAAGAAAAUAAAGAGAACCGAGAGAGAAAAGAAGAGAGAAAAAAAGUGGUGCAGCAGUCCGGGUUUGUGCUCCGAUCGACGACCAAACGAGCUCCAAUCGGGAUGAAAUUUUAGUAUGUUGUUCCUGAGAUCCUCUUCUUCAUAUCCAACAGUGGGAUUGUUGUUUUGACCUCUCGAUGUCGGUAAAAUUGCCUCUGUUUACUGCUGCGAUUUUAUUGGGGAUUUCUCACUUUUGAGUGAAGAUUAUUGUUGUUUGGUGUUCCAAGUUGUUGCUUGAUGAUUGUGUAUACCUCUAAUUGAUUUAGAGAGGAUUCUUGGUGUACCCACUGAUUUUUCUUGGUGACUAGUGGAAGGCUUCGUGGUUUUCUCCCCGAUUUGGAGUUUCCACGUUAAAUUUUGGUGUUCGUUUAUCGCUUGAUUGAUUGCUUGUUGUCGUGUUUGCUAUUCUUGAUCGUUCAUAUGAUUUUGUCCAUUUUGACAACACAAAGACGGGACAAUUAUUAAUUGCUUCCGCUAGAAAAUUGAGGUGAUUUUCCCAACAAUUGGUAUCGGAGCUUGAGUCAUAUUUGUGGGUGAUUUUCUUGUGUUGUUAAAAUGGAGGAUAAAGCUGUUUUUGGGGGAAUGAUUAAAUUGAACUCCUCCAAUUAUCAAAGUUGGAAACCCAGGAUGGAAGAUAUUUUAUAUAUUAAGGAUUUACAUGAACCGAUCUUGAAUAAGGAAAUGCCAAGUGGUAAACAAGAAGGUACUUGGAAAUUGCUUAAUCGGAAAACCGUGGGAAUGAUUAGGCAAUUUAUUGAUGAUAGUGUGUUUCAGCAUGUUGCUAAUGAUACCAACGCCUAUGAACUGUUGGAGAAACUCAAAUGCAUGUAUGAGAGAGAAAAUGCCCUGAAUAAAGCCUCUAUUAUGAGAAGACUUGUGAAACUUGAUUAUAGGGAUGGGCAUAGUGUGGUAGAGCAUUUGAAUGAUUUUCAGGGGUUGAUUAACCAGUUGUCUUCUAUGAAAUUGGUUUUAGAUGAUGAAUUGCAGGCGUUGUUGCUCCUCAGCUCGUUGCCAGAAAGCUGGGAGACCUUGGUUGUAUCACUUAACAAUUCUGCUCCAGAGGGUAAGCUUACAAUGGAUGUUGUGAAGUCGAGUCUGUUGAACGAAGAAGCUAGGAGAAGAGAUUUGAGUUCCUCCAGCUAUUCAGAUCAGGCUCAUGUUGCUGAGGUAGAGGGUCGUGGAAGACAUAGACAUAGAGAUUUUGAAUCCAGGGGGAGAUCUAAAUCAAGAAGCGAAGUGAAAUGCUUCUAUUGUGAUAAACCGGGUCAUAAGAUAUCUCAGUGCAGGAAGAUGAAGAGAGAUAAAGCCCAGCAGAAAGAGGAAAAUGGUCAAACUUCUGAGAAGAAAGAGGAGAAAGACACAGCAGCCCUUGCAGAUGCGGAUGAUUUAUUCUUCGUGUGUGAUGACACUAACUUUGGUGUUGCUUUUCAGGAUUGCACUUGGAUCAUUGAUUCGGGUGCCUCAUGUCAUCUCACACCUCAUCGGGAGUUCUUCUCAUCUUACACUAGCGGUGACUUUGGCUAUGUCAAGAUGGGAAGGGGUGAUAAAUCAUCUAAGAUUGUUGGGAUGGGCACUGUUUGUUUGAAGACUAACACUGGUUGCAGGUUGAUCCUCAGAGAUGUCAGACAUGUUCCAGAGUUUCGGUUCAGCCUCAUUUCAGCUGGAGGACUUGACGGUGAUGGUUAUGUUAGCCGCCUUGGUGAAGGAAAGUGGAAGCUCACCAAAGGUUCUUUGAUCGUGGCCCGAGGUAAGAUGGAGAACAGGAUUUACGUGAUGCAAGCAAAAAUGUGCAGAGGAGAUCAGAAUACUGCGCCCUCCAUGGAGACAUUGCACAAGAGGCUUGGUCACAUGCUUGAGAGUUGUCAGAGUAUCCUCCCUGAAGGUGAUAUUCCUUUUCUUACCAUACAUACGGAUCAUGGGGGAAAAGAUGAAGAACAAUGUUGUGGUGAUGAUGUUGCUCGUGAUGGUGAUGUACUUGAGCCACCUCAUUUUGAGCAUGGAGUUCCGCCACAGAGGGUUCCUCAAAUUGGUAUAUUUGAGAGAGUUUGCUAUCGGGAAGAAGUGAAGAAGGUGCACCGACGAGAGUGGGUUCAAGCCAAGCGAGAUGGGGUUAUAUCCUUGCUUGAUGGACGUGGUCAUUCCCUGGUAAAGUUGCAUGGAAGCAAGCGAGCACCCAAGAGCAAUCGGGUGUUCAAGUUGAAGAGAAAAGAGUGUUGCUCACAACCUACGGAUUUGGCGCAGUUGGUUGUGAAAGGUUUGUAUGAUCAUCAUUGAGUUUUACCCCCCAUGUAGAAGUGAGGGGGAGAUUUGUUGGGGUAUCCCUCCUACAUGGAGGAAGGAAUUCCUAAACAAUACAUUUAGUGUUAAAAAUGUAAUUUGUUUAGAGGUGGAGUAAUAUAAUAAUAAUAAUAUUUAUUAUUAUUAUUAUUAUAAGGAAAGAAAGGGUCAAAGUAGUGGGGCUGCCACUUUGUAGAAAAGGCAAAAGCCUUUUGGCUGGUCACGGGCAGAAGCAAAAAAAACGGCAGAAGCAGAGAAGAAAAUAAAGAGAACCGAGAGAGAAAAGAAGAGAGAAAAAAAGUGGUGCAGCAGUCCGGGUUUGUGCUCCGAUCGACGACCAAACGAGCUUCGAUCGGGAUGAAAUUUUAGUAUGUUGUUCCUGAGAUCCUCUUCUUCAUAUCCAACNUUCCUAAACAAUACAUUUAGUGUUAAAAAUGUAAUUUGUUUAGAGGUGGAGUAAUAUAAUAAUAAUAAUAUUUAUUAUUAUUAUUAUUAUAAGGAAAGAAAGGGUCAAAGUAGUGGGGCUGCCACUUUGUAGAAAAGGCAAAAGCCUUUUGGCUGGUCACGGGCAGAAGCAAAAAAAACGGCAGAAGCAGAGAAGAAAAUAAAGAGAACCGAGAGAGAAAAGAAGAGAGAAAAAAAGUGGUGCAGCAGUCCGGGUUUGUGCUCCGAUCGACGACCAAACGAGCUUCGAUCGGGAUGAAAUUUUAGUAUGUUGUUCCUGAGAUCCUCUUCUUCAUAUCCAACAGUGGGAUUGUUGUUUUGACCUCUCGAUGUCGGUAAAAUUGCCUCUGUUUACUGCUGCGAUUUUAUUGGGGAUUUCUCUCUUUUGAGUGAAGAUUAUUGUUGUUUGGUGUUCCAAGUUGUUGCUUGAUGAUUGUGUAUACCUCUAAUUGAUUUAGAGAGGAUUCUUGGUGUACCCACUGAUUUUUCUUGGUGACUAGUGGAAGGCUUCGUGGUUUUCUCCCCGAUUUGGGGUUUCCACGUU